AUGAAAGGUGAAAAUUAUUCUUUGGACGACAGUGUUGUGGUGAAUUUGCGGUCGGUGUCAGCGAUCGUCAUCACUGACUUCGACGGUAACCGGAUUGCGUCCCGGUGUUAUGUGGGGAAUUCAGCGGAAGUGACGGGGCUGGAGCGGAAGUUGAGAACGUUCCGGAAGGAGUCUCUCGUGGUUUUGGACGACCACGUUUGCUUGCUGGACUCGUACAUGCUGAAGAUGUUGUUUGGCGACGUUCUCUGUUCUUCGCUCGUGUUGGAAAAUUUGCACGCUGUUUACCUGGUUCUUGAUGAGGUUUGCGAUCGUGGAAUUCUUUUGGAGCCCAGUGCAAAAGUGAUUCUCGACCGAAUGAAGGAAGGAACUGAACCCACGAUUUCAGAAGAUUUGACAGUUGGCGAGUUGAUAACUCUUGGACAAAGGCGACUAAAGGCCCUCAUCAAAUGAUGCGAUUGUUGUUAUCAACACUGAACUGAGUCAUCCAUGAAUUUCAAGUUAUGUUCGGAAAUUUGUUUUGUUUUGCGAAAUGCUACGGUUUUUCAAACCUGUUAUUUUGCUGGUUUCCCGUCCUUGAAAAAUUUACUUCACGAAUUGAUCCUGUAUUUUUUGGCACAGAUACUGUAGUGUUUUUCUCUGUGACUGAUCUUGCUUGGAAUCCCCAAGAAAAAUGGACAGAAAAGAAUUGACCAAAAAAAUGGGGGUUUGAAAGUCGUGCGUCUUUUGAGGUCAUCAAAAUUUUUGUUUCGAAACCCUCGAAGUCACUGUGUGAGUGUGUGUUGAUGAAAAAGACAUUAAAAAUUUUAUGAAAUGCUGUGGA